ACAUCUAAAAAGAAAAGGGGAAAAAAUCUCCAGCCAGGCUACUCGCCUGUCCAUCCAUCACUGAAUAGCCUCCGGCGCCUGGAUAGCGGAAACUGUAGCUAGUUCCUCUUACUACGAGCGAUUGCUCGGUCAAGAUCAUUGCGCUGCGAUGUAACCAUUGACUUCCUUCUACACUUUGCUCGUGAAGCACUUAGCAGUUUGCUCUCAGUCCACUCACCACGAAUCAAAGUGACAGAAUGGAGGAGCCGACCUAACGGACCGUCUGGACAAAUUAAAAGCAUAUCUACAAAACCAUUUGGAGACUUUGGAGGCGUAUCCGCACCCUCUAAAUCGGAGACAGCUGUAAAGGUCAAAGCAUGGGGUGCGUGGGAUCCAAGAAGGACCAGGAAUCUGUGGGCAAGGCCCUGGGUGGUGACGACUCCUCAAACCGCACCCAGACACCACACUAUGUCAAAGACCCCACAGCGUCAGGCCAAAAAGCGAAUAGAACUCCUUCCAAUAUGCCCCCGUCCAGCACUGAUGGUCCAGAGAAUAUCGCCAUCGCUCUGUAUGACUAUGAGGGCAUCCAUGAAGGAGACCUCGGCUUCAAGAAAGGGGACAAGGUCAAGAUUCUGGAGGAGUCAGGUGAAUGGUGGAAAGCCAAGCUCCUCAGUACCGGCCAGGAGGGCUUCAUCCCCAGCAACUAUGUGGCCAAAGACACCCUGGAGACAGAGGAGUGGUUCUUUAAAGGCGUGAGCAGGAAGGACGCGGAGAGGCAGCUUCUGGCCUCGGGGAACAAAACCGGGUCCUUCAUGAUCCGAGACAGUGAGACCACCCCUGGCAGCUACUCUCUGUCUGUGAGGGACAGUGACGGACAUUCGAUGGACACGGUCAAGCAUUACAAGAUCCGCACUUUGGAUAAUGGCGGCUUCUACAUCUCUCCCCGUAUCACCUUCAGCACCCUGCAGGAGCUUGUCGGUCACUAUAAGAAGCAGAGUGAUGGCCUGUGCCAGUCCCUCACCAACCCCUGCAUCAGCCCCAAGCCGCAGAAGCCCUGGGAGAAGGACGCGUGGGAGAUCCCGCGUGAGUCGCUCAAGCUGGACAAGAGGCUGGGCGCCGGGCAGUUUGGAGAGGUCUGGAUGGCCUCAUACAACAAGCACACCAAUGUGGCGGUGAAGACCAUGAAGCCUGGCAGCAUGUCGGUGGAGGCCUUCCUCAUGGAGGCCAACCUCAUGAAGUCGCUGCAGCACGACAAGCUGGUACGCCUCCAUGCUGUGGUCACCAAGGAGGAGCCCAUCUACAUCAUCACAGAGUUCAUGGAAAAAGGUAGUUUACUGGACUUCCUCAAGAGCGAUGAAGGAAAUCGAGUCCAACUCCCAAAACUCAUUGACUUCUCUGCUCAGAUCGCUGAGGGCAUGGCUUACAUUGAGAGGAUGAACUACAUCCAUAGGGAUCUCCGAGCAGCCAACAUCCUGGUCUCAAAGACGCUUGUGUGCAAGAUUGCUGACUUUGGUCUGGCUCGCAUCAUAGAGGACAAUGAGUACACCGCUAGGGAAGGUGCUAAGUUUCCUAUCAAGUGGACUGCACCAGAGGCCAUCAACUACGGCUCAUUCACCAUCAAAUCAGAUGUCUGGUCCUUUGGCAUUCUGCUCAUGGAGAUCAUAAGCUAUGGACGCACCCCUUACCCAGGCAUGACUAACCCGGAAGUGAUCCGGUCCCUGGAGAGAGGGUAUCGCAUGCAGCGCCCGGACUCGUGCCCGCAGGAGCUGUACGACAUCAUGCUGGAGUGCUGGAAGAACAAGCCCGAGGACAGGCCCACCUUCGAGUAUCUGCAAAGCGUGCUAGAGGACUUCUACACAGCCACGGAGAGCCAGUACCAGCAACAGCCAUGAUGAGCCAUUGACUUGUCAUGUGGUCCCUUGGCUAUAGAUACCUGGAUAUACACGCAGAUAUCUGGAUACCCAGAUAUACCUGGAUAUACACGCAAGCACACACACACACAGACACACACACAAACAGAGGGAGAGCCAGAGAGAGAGAAAGAAAGAGAUGUUUAAUGUUCAGUAGACAUGCACAAACAUGCAAACUCACCCAAGCAAAAAACACAAAUAGACAUACUUUUCCAGGGUACAAGUAGUCUAUGAUGCACAUUCACACAGUGAAACCUCUGUCAAUCCCUGAGUGCCUUUUCAGGAUAUAGUGUCAAUUAUAAUAUUUUAUAUAAAUGCCUUUUCCCCCUAAAUUAAAAUAGAGACAUAUUAUGCAGUUCAUAUCUUUGAAAGUUUAAAUUAAAGAAAAAAAAAAUAAUAUUUUCUGAUUACAACCUAUAUUAGGUUUUUCUGUUUUGUUUUGACAUUAACAUAAAUCUCACACAGACACUGGCACAAAUACACAUAGUCUAUUACUGUAUAAGUCUAUUUCUUAAGAAAUAAUCUGUCUACUUCUUAAAAAGAGUGUGCUACGUGUUUUUUUUUUUCAAUCUGUAGUUCUACUGUGAUUCCAAAUAUCUUAGUUUUCCUAUGAACGGAGAUGUUAGUAGUGAGGGGAAAUUAGUGUUGUUUUAGUUGCUUUUACCAUUGUAGCUCUUUGUCUUUUUUUUUGUUCCGCAGAGUAAACUUUGAAGCCUUAGCCAUGUACAUUAACAUGUAUUUAUUUCAUAACAGUGUCUUUCUGCCAUUGGUAAUGAUAACAUAUUUUAUAAUCAUUACAUGGAUAUUUAUCUCAGGGGUGAUUUGGUUUUUGCUUGUAUUUUUUUAUUUUUAUUUUAUGCCUGUUUUGAUUUAUAACAUAAAAUGUGAAAGCAAAUUCAAUAAAGUCUUACAGAAUGAAA